UGCCUACCGCUCACGGCAACCCAUUUUCUGCCGUAUCACGGAACCCAUCAGGCGCUAGUCCGUAGAAAGCCUUGAAUGCGCUCCCGAUCUUCUCCUGUUAUGCUCCCUCUAGUGCGCCUCGCAAGGCUACCUCCGAGUCUUCCGCUGGUAACGGGAUGACCGAGCAUGACAAGCGUCGGCGGCGGCAGCUUCGACAUGGCGGGUACCCGACCCCGAUGAACGCUCUUACCCAAGCCAUCGAUCGGAAAGCAGUCGCAUGGGGCUUCAACGUCGUCACAUUCUGCCCAUUGUUCGUCCACCCAUCGAUCGCAUCACACGCGAUGCACUAUCAAUUGGUUUGAGCCGCAGUGGACUUCUCUCCAUUGUCCUCCUCACGUGUCGGUGUUCAUCUUGCCGCGAUAUAAAGCCGGGGCGUCUGGCAUGCUGAGGCGCGUCGCUAUCCUCCUUCCCUCGCAGACACCAUGCCCAGCAACCACACCACUCGCCGGACGCGUUUAGGCCAUGUGCUCGAAGAGGAGGAGAUGAUCCUGCCGGCGCGUCGGGACGCGCAGUUCUGGCGACGCGAUGGUGAUGUUGUCAUUGAGGUGCAAGGCGUGUUAUUCAAUGUCAACCAGGAAAUACUGGUCCCAACGAACGAGGACGGCGACCUUCUACCGGACGUCUCAAAUCCAUUCACCCGCAAUCGGGUGCCGGCCCUCUUUGGGGCGAGAGGCACUCCUCGUGACCCGGUCCGGCUGUACUUUGUUGAGGUGCAGGAGAUGCGGGACUACCUGCGGAUUGCAUAUGCACCACGAGGGGCGAUCGUGCAGUUGCGCGGUGUGACUGUUCUGCAGCUCGUCAACGCCACUUCCAUUGCUCUCCAGCUCCAGCGACGCGACUUCACGGCAUAUGCCGUGGACGCCAUCGCCGAGCUACUUUCCCGCGACUCAGCCGACCGGCUGAGACACUGCACCGACGCAGAGUACAUGGCGCUGCUCCGUCUUCAUCGCCGACUGCCGAUGAAGGAUCUCGAGGAGGACUUUCCCUUUGAAGACGACGUUUCCCAGACCUUCGCCUGGCGUGUCUCGCGGCAGGAGCUCGACAUCAUGAAAGCGAUGGACUUUGGCGAGGAGCUGGGCCUGCGCAUAAUGCAGGGGCAGGUCUACUACGAAAUGCGCAAGCGGCUAGAUGCGCAGUGUCUCGGCGACGACGAGGAGGAAGACGACGACUUUUUCUCCUCCCGCAGGACGGCGCACAUCACCCCGAUCCACCGCGAGCGCCUCUUCGUCGGCUCGCUGUCGAUGAACAGCUUCUGGCUGCGCACGAUGGAGCACAUCCCCGCCCUGCCGGGCGUCGACUGGGGCGCCUGGUCCAACGCGUGGCAGGGCGCGUGCGUGCAGGUGUGUCUCGAGAAGGGCAGCGCGGACGUCUUGACGAAGCUGGAACACCUCCGGGUCGUGCUCAAGCAGAGGGUGCGUCCGACGAUCUGGAAGGCGGCCGAGGGUGUCGUGGUGGGCAUCAUCGACAGCUUCCGCUUGUCUCUACCCAGCCACUUCCUGGGUCCUGCGAACGAGGAGGAGGAGGCUCUGUUUUUCGAUUCGUCGGAUGAUGAAUCUUGGUCGUCGACAUCGUCAUCAGAGGAAGAGUCGGCUGGGGAGGAGGAGGACGACGACGAGUAUACCGUCCACGUCAGCUUCGAUGCAUCGGCCAGCCCUGCGAAGGACUACCAACCCUACGGGCUGGACGACUACGACGACGAGCUCUCGGAGGACGAGGAUGUCUUCAUGUCCAGCGGACGCAUCGACUCGGACAUCAUCAUGCCGGAUGUCGAUCUGCGCGGUGCGCAGGACGACUACGACGGCUUCUAUUGAAGCUUUGGUGUUCGGCUCAUUCUUAUGCAUAAGUUAUUGUACCUCACUGUCUCAUGCUGUGUAUCUCAUCCCCAUGUCUGUUGCAUUUUCCACUAGAUCCCGUCUGUACUUGUUGUCGUGUAUGUUUGUCCCGAAUCUGUUGAUGUCCCUGUUUACUUGUUUGUGCAUUGCAGUGAGAUGU